UGAAUUUUAGAUAAAGUUUUGUAUAAAUCUUAUCUUUUUGUAUUUACUUUACAAAAAUGUUAUAUAAUUCCAUAUUCCAUCCAUUUAAUUUAACAAAAUAUUGCGCACUGCUGACGACCACAGGAAAAUCUGGCAUCAAAAUGCGGGCGUGGUUAAAGUACCCUGUUUGAAUUUGAUUCACCGAGAAUUGCGUGUUUUGAAACUUUGUUGGAUUAAAGUGAAGCACGUUAAAAGCUAGAGUACGUAGGUAGAGCAGUGCUAUUCCCGGGCUGUAGAAAACCGUUUUAUUCAUUUAUGUGUCAAAACACACAGACGUGUCGGUUAUAACAUUGAAAGCAAGUGAUCCAUCAUGCAUCAUAUUUUCAAUGUUACCGACAAUAUUACUUUCAACGCGUUAGUUUGGACAGAGUUAAAAAAACAUGGGAUCAAGGAGACUGGAAAAUGUAGAAAACCAACAAGAAACAAUGAUCCACAGAAAAAAAGUCUAUUUUGUCAGCCCUUGGAACUACUAGAGAGUGAAGAAGCUCUUAUCAUGGUUGAAAGUGAACUAGAAAAUAUUCCAGAUGGGUCUACUACAAUAUGUGCCAAAGGAGAUAUUCUUGUACAAGUUCCCACAUUUGUUGUACAAUCUUGUCAGGCCAUCCUGAAGGGUGUCCAAACUGAAGGCUUGUUUAGGAAAGCUGGUUCUGCAUGCAGACAGAGGGAAAUAAAACGACAGUUGGAAAGAAAAGAAGGAUUCAAAUCAAGUCAUGAUGUGAUCGAUUUAGCCAACAUCUUGAAGCAGUUUCUAAGGGAGCUUCCAGAUCCUUUGAUUCCUUAUCAACUUCAUGAUAUUUUACUCAAAUGUGUUCAGAUGGAGAGCUUAGAAAAAGCUUCUCAGAUGCUUCACUUGACAUGCUUACUAAUUCCACAGCCAGCCCUGGCUACUUUGUGUUACUUGUUGCAGUUUUUCGAAGCAGUAGCUGCCAAUUCAUCGACGAAUUUGAUGGAUGCUAGCAAUAUCUCUAUAGUUAUGGCACCAACACUCAUGCCGGUUCAUAUAGCUGCUUCCUCCAGAAACGAUCGGCAAAAUUGCAGUACACUUCAAAAUUCUGCCAAAGUCAUACAGAUGCUUAUCGAAAAUAGCAGUAAACUUUGUGGGAUUCCGCAUUCUAUAGCCAGCCGCCUCGUUUCAAAUUCCUCUACUUCACUUAUAGAUCAAGAUCGUGGCCGACGAAAUAGCCGUAGCAAAAGCCGGCUGAGUCGCAGCAGUUCAUUUAUCUGGGUAUUUGAAGGUUUGCGCAAAAUUGUUGGAGCUAAAAGCAAAUUUUCUGCUUCAGUGGAACACCUCUCUGAUUGAGGUGCCACAUCCCAACAACUUGAUGUUGGGACUCAAAAUUUUACGGCAAUAACCCAAAACGAAAUUACAGUAGCUAGCAUACCUUUGGGUUCUCCAGUUUCACUGGCAGAUACUGCUGUCCUUGUUACACCCGAAGGCUGCCAGCAAUGGUCCAGCGGAGAAGUUCUUAACCGACAUUUGGACCAUUUAAAAAUUCCUCUAACUGGUCGACCUUCAGUCCAAAAGAUACGAUCUGAAAACAUUGGCAAAGUAUCGGCCCAUGUUCGGAAAUUUGAUAGGCUAGCCUCUCCCACUCUUCCUGAUGCCCGUUGCGCUGCCUUAAAUCCUGGUGUCACUGGUAGUUCAACGGAGACAACGCCACUGAUUUUACGUUCUCCUAGAAAACGCCCUAGCAUUCAACGACAACUUUCGGAUCCUCAAGUCAUUAAUGAUCGCUCGACGCCUCCUAAGACUCCACAAGUUUCUCCACUUCGUGAAAGUCAGCGAGCAAAUGCAUUGCCUCUAUCUUCCAAAGGAAACGAUCGUUACGACCUCAAGAUUAAAGCGCCGUUAUUAACGCCAAACCAUGGGACGCACGGGACAAAUACACCCUUUGGGCUGAAGUUGCGAGGCACAGAAAUGAAACAUACUCGUAUUCACAAGAAACCUUCGCCACUCAAGGCUACUGGUCCAUUAUUGCGUCGAUCUCCGCGGUUUACUCCUUCAAAUUGAUUUUUUGUUUGCAGACUCGACGUUCACAUGUCAUGGACGACGCAUCAGAUGUACUUUUAAAUAAUUAUUAAAUAAUCUAAAUAACGCGACUUCAGUGGUCAUACAGGAUCUCCAUAACAUUUCCCCCCUUCCCUCUUGACUGGUUAUCCUGGUUAAACUACCAGUAUAUUCUGUCGUGCUAAGCAAAUAAAUUUGGCUUUGUUGACUACA